UGAGAUCGACUGACUUCCGGCCAGGCCGUUGUCUGGGUGGCGUGGUCGAGUCAUCGCUGGGCCUCGCAGCUUCGAUCUCCCAUCCCUCCCCCCCGCCCCGGCGCGGGGGGUCGACCAGCCGAGUGGGGUGGGAGGUGACUCGGACCUUCCCCUUCGUUCCGCUCUGGUCAGCUCCCUGGCCCCCCGCGCUGGGGUCCCUGGGGCCCGCGAGGCCCGGUCUGAGGGGCCGGGGCCUACGUGGGCCCGCCGCUGGGCCCCAUGAGGCAUAGCCUGACCAAACUGCUGGCGGCCUCGGGCAGCGACUCCCCAACCCGCAGCGAGAGCCCGGCUCCAGCCGCGACCUGCUUGCUGCCCCCGGACCUGACCCGGGCGGCGGCGGCAGCGGCGGCGGCAGCGGCAGAGGAGGAAGAGACGGCGGCGGCCGGAUCUCCCGGCCGCAAACAGCCGUGCGGCGACGAGGGCGAGUUGGAGGCCGGGAAGGGGGGCCGCGGCGGCGUGGCCGUGCGCGCGCCCUCGCCCGAGGAGAUGGAGGAGGAGGCGAUCGCCAGCGUCCCGGGGGAGGAGACGGAGGACAUGGACUUUCUCUCCGGGCUGGAACUGGCAGAUCUGCUGGACCCCCGGCAGCCGGACUGGCACCUGGAGCCCGGGCUCAGCUCGCCCGGGCCUCUCUCCUCGUCCGGCGGAGGCUCGGAUAGCGGCGGCCUGUGGAGAGGGGACGACGACGACGAGGCCGCGGCUGCCGAGAUGCAGCGCUUUUCCGACCUGCUGCAGAGGCUAUUAAACGGCAUCGGAGGCUGCAGCAGCGGCAGUGACAGUGGCAGCGGCGAAAAGAGGCGGAGAAAGUCCCCAGGAGGAGGCGGCGGCAGCAGCGGCAACGACAGCAACCAGGCGGCGACAAAGAGUCCCCGGAAGGCGGCGGCGGCUGCUGCCCGUCUUAAUCGGCUGAAGAAGAAGGAGUACGUGAUGGGGCUGGAAAGUCGAGUCCGGGGUCUGGCAGCCGAGAACCAGGAGCUGCGGGCCGAGAAUCGGGAGCUGGGCAAGCGCGUGCAGGCACUGCAGGAGGAGAGUCGCUACCUACGGGCCGUCUUAGCCAACGAGACCGGACUGGCUCGCUUGCUGAGCCGGCUGAGCGGCGUGGGACUGCGGCUGACUACCUCGCUCUUCAGAGACUCGCCCGCCGGUGACCAUGACUACGCUCUGCCCGUGGGAAAGCAGCAGCAGGACCUGCUGGAAGAGGACGACUCAGCGGGAGGAGUGUGUCUUCAUGUGGACAAGGAUAAGGUGUCGGUGGAGUUCUGCUCGGCGUGCGCCCGGAAGGCGUCGUCUUCUCUUAAAAUGUAGGGUCAAGUAAUCUGCUCUUUAUCCGCGUUUACCCCUUUCAACUCCCUUACACCAUGUAAAACACCUUAGUGGGACAUCUUCACUGGACACAUUUCAGAGGAGGAAAAAGUAAUAUUGAAUCUUUAAGUGUUUAGCUAAAAGCAUGAAUGUGACACUGUAACCAACUCCUAAUGAUAACAUGUGACUAUUAAAUCUCUCUGACAGUUUCUUUUUUAGGUGAUUUCCUUCCUGCCAGGCUCCGUUGUAGGGGUUACAGAACAGUCGUUCCCGCCUCACAACCUGACUUGCGUGUACCUAGCUCUUCUGUCCCCAGUGUGGACAUGGCCUUGGAUGACAUCGGUUCCAACUGUACACUGAAAGCUGCUAAUAGAGAUACAGUUUGGAGACAGUGAAACAGUGGAUACAGCUGUUGGGGCAGAAGAGACGGGACCAGCUGCUGGCCACAUUUCCUGCUUUAUUUUAAAAGGUAGUAUAAGAAAUGAGGAAAAAGAGGUAAUAUCAGGGCUUCUGCUGUCUUUUAUUUUAAAAUGUUCAUAAUUAAAAAGUAUUUUCCAGCAGUCCAAAGAUGUAAGUUAUCUUACACAUGUUUUAUUUUGUUGUUAUUUGGUUAUAAAAAUGGAAUCCUUGUUCUUGCACAACUGUAAAUGUUUUGUUGCUAGAUAACACAAUUUGAGACCUAACUCGGUCUCUGGUUUCCAGUGCAUUACAGCAUAUUUUGUAAAAUCACCUACUGCACUUGAGCAUGAAUGGGUAGUAGCCAAAUUCACAACCUGGAGUGAUGAACCUGCUUAUACCUAAGUGCAGGAGCAAGCCCCUCACAAUGCAGCUGCAUGGAUUUUUAGUGCCUACUGAAUUAUAUAUAUAUAUAUAUAUAUAUAUAAACCAAAAGUAGUUGGAAAAAUUAUUUGAAAUGACUAAUUUGUGCUAUCUCUAUGGAAUAUGUUAAAUGUAGCUUUUUGAAACAGAAGCCUUGAAUUGAAAUUUAAUUAAUACUUGAACGAACAUUUUUGUAUAUCUUUCUUUGUAUAUAAUUUUGUGCAGUACCAAUGACAAAAAUACGGUGUCAUAAUAAAACCAGGUUUGUUGAUCUUUCAGUUAUGGGCUCAAAGAAUUUAUUCAUCUCUAACAUGACAUUGGAAAAUAAUGGAUGAAAAUAGGAAAAAUGAUUGUUGUUAAUGCUGACUGUGGGUCUUAAAAGGUUCUGGAAGCAGUAAGUGUGUUUUUCUAAAACCAUUCCCUUGGAAUAUUUUCUUCUAAUGUCAGUGCUUUUCCUGCAUUAUUUGAAGUUCGGGGCUGGGGAGAAACAGUAGUCAAAGCUUUCUGAAUUGGGAUGCUUUGAAAAUUCCAAGUGUAGAUUUUUAGGAUGUCAUUUUAUAAAUGGCAGUUUUUGGAAUUACUUGAUUAAGAACUUUUGAAAAUGGAGAUUAGUAUUGCCUAUUUUUAAAGCUGCUUUGUUAGGCUCCUUGUUUUAACUGUCUUUUCUUAGUUUCCAUUUCAUUCUUUUUUUUUUUCCUUUUCUAAUUUUGGUGACUUAGUGAUUUUGUCAUUUUUUACAUCAACUUCAUGGUCUUGUUUUUACAUGGUAUUGCAUGUAUUUAGGACCUAUCUAACGGGGUUUAAAUAAAUUUGAUCAUAUUUAUGUGUAAGCACAUUUUACUGUAAAUGUUUGGGUUUCUGAAUUUACAACAGAUCUGUUUAUUUCAGUAUGUAGUAAACAAUAUCUUAAAGUGUCCUAUUCACUACUUGUUAAUUAAAAAAAGUUAUGAUUAAUAUGAAACUGUUGUCUUACUAUUUUUAGAAAAUUGUGUUCUAAAUGAUUAGUAGUUGGAUAAAGGAGAUUUCUGGAAUAUAUGGAUUGCGUUGAAAUUUUAAGGUUUGGCUCUAUUUACUGUAGAGGUUGAAAACAUCUUAGUAUUUGGGGAACUUUUUUUUUUUUUCAUCAUCUUUCCUAAUUGCCUCUAUGGCAAAAUGAUACAGAAUUAGUGUAAAGAGGGUAGCUUUUUGAUACUUGUUUUCUGAUGGUGACAGGAAUUCAUACAUUAAUUGAACUAACACACCAUAUUGACCUCCUAUUUCUAUCAUAUUGACUUACUGUUUCUGCACUUUCUUGACCAGUUCUAACUAAAAAGGUCCACGUUUGUUAAAAUGUCACACCUCUGAUAUAAUCCGGCAAAAAGUGUUCGAAAUAUUUUAAAUAUUUGUGCAUUUUGUAAUCACUAAAUUAAUCUCUUUCUCUUCUCUUUAAACAGCUUAGCAGUGUCUGCAAAAACGAAUCUUUUCCUACAACCUGUUAACUGACUGGACUGAUGGUAACAAAGUAAUUGUGGGAGCCAUGUCGGUCAAAAAUUUGGCAUCUGCUGAAAAAAAAUGAAUGCCAUUUUCAAGUUCCCAAAUUACUUCUAUACUGAUUUCACUUUCCAGAUUUCACUUUCCAGAAAUGGAGAUAUGAAAAGAUUCUCUGGAAUCCUUGAAAGACUUACUAGAAAUACAUGAGACUAAGUUAAUUUUGGAACAAAAUUAUACUUUUUUUUUUUUUUUUUUGGUCUUUCAUGGGAGUGAUGAUCAGUUCUUUGCAUAACUUAAAAAUUGUAACUGUUGGAGAAGAGAAUUGCAGUAUUUCAUCAAGGAAUAUUAGAUUCUUUACAUAAUCAAGAACACAUUCUAUGGAAUAACAUUCAGUGGUGUAGAAUUACAUAAACAGGCCAUCAGGGAUCACAAAGCAUAUCAUGAGUCUGUAUUUAUUUCCUGGAACUUGAGAGCUAAUCUUCAGUAUAGGCAGACCUUGCUGAGUAGAAUAUAAAAGUUAAUGUAAAGUCCUUAACUAUAAAGAGUAGUCUUUUUAAAAUAGAUGCAUUGAUGUGUCAUGUGUAUCUUUGAAAAAAUUAUGACUGAAUAUGUGAGUAGUUAUUUGCAAUUCAGGGUAAUAGGAUGUUCGCAUUCUGAGGUUUUGGCUUCUUGAGUUUUCUCUGAGUACUUGACACUUUUUGACUAUUUUGAGGUUUCUAAUGAAUGGUAUCCUAGUUUCUGAUGUUAUAUAUUAAAAUGUCACCAGUGUUAUGUAAGGGCUUUAGUAUUUUGGAUGAUGGGAGUGUUUUUUUUCCACAUAAUAUGGUUGUUUUACUUAACUGAAACAUUUUUCCAGUUUAUUACAAGUGUGAAAAAACACUCAACUCUGGAUUGUUUAUUUCAUUUUUGUUGGAUUAUGUUAAUGCAUUCUUUCGUCUGGUCUAGACUGAGUCAUUUUAUCUUAAUUGACUCAUUGGGAAGUGUGCAGAUGAGAGGUGGGAGGGGUAGGAGAUUGGCCCAGAAUGAUUUAUCAUAAUAACUAUACAGUUUGGUUAUUGUAUGAUACUAUACUAAACCUAUUAAACCCACUCUGUUUCUUAUAA